AUGCGAAUGCUGGGCCAGGUACCCCUGGUGGAGACGUCAGCCCACGAGAACGUGAACGUGGACCUGGCGUUUCUACUAGUGGCACAGCUGGUCGACCGGGGUGCCAAGGGAUCCAGCCGAUGGGCGGGGCGGGUGCCAUCGUUCCUCGAGGCCAGCCGGGCACGCCGUGAGGCCCUCGAUCAGGCCACCGACGCCUUUCAGGCGCUGGUGCGAGCCCAGGUGACCGACCCACGCGCACAGUGGGCCGGUUGGAGCCAAAGGCUGCUGGGAGCACCAGAAUGCGAACGCUUCUGUUCCCUGUUUGGCCGAGCAGCGGCGCGGCUAGCCUUCGAGAAGCAUGUGCGACGGUUACGGGAGGAGCACACGGCACGUCGCGUCCGGGGCUUCCUCCGGGCCCUUCCCACGGCCUUGGCCCAGCUGCUACCCAACCGAGAUGCCCUGGGCGACAGCGACUGGUCGACGGUGAAGGAGGAGCUUUUGCGGCCACAUGCGGACUUCGACCAGUACUUUGUGGACGACGGGGGCGAGUGGGAGGACCGGUCGCCAGUGGACGACCAGGAAGAAGAGGAGGACGGCCGCAUCCCGUACGCCCUGCUGACCAGGCACGAGGCCGAGGCCUGCUUCCAGGAGCACAGGGCGGCCCUGGAGGCUGAGGAGCGUCGCCAGGAGCUGCGUCGCCAGUUCCGGCAGCUGCUCGAGGAGACUGGCUAUGUGACGCCCGGCAAGAGCCUGGGCGAAGUGCGCGUCCUUUUCAUGGGACGCGAGUGCUAUGAGCAGCUGCCCGAGGCCGACCUGCUGGAGGUGUAUGAGGAACACCAGCAGGAGAUGACAGAGCGUGCCAGGUGCCAGUUCCAGGAACUGCUGCUGGAGCACGCCGAGCUCUUCUAUGAGUUUGCCAAUGUGGGACCCGGCAGUGUCAUCACCCAGGAGGACAUUGCCAAAAUCACCGAAGCUCUCCAAGAGGACUCCAGGUACAAGACCCUGGACCGUCUGGACCAGGAGCGAAUGCUCAUGCUGCUGCGGCACUUGGGCUUUGUGCACGGCCCCAUGCGGGAGCAUUGCCCGGCCAACCCGCACUGCAUGGACGCCAUCAUUGAGCAGCUCCUACGCGCCCACCAGGGGGGUGGUGGAGGGGGCGCAUGGAGCCCCCUGGGGGGCAACGGCCGCCUCCUGCAGCUGGUUGUGCUGGGCUCUGGGGGCGCUGCCCAGCAAGUGGCGCAGGCCAUGCGCGAGGCUCACGGGGCUGCCUUUCGGCUCGACGACAAGGGCGCCCAGUACGCGCUCGACUUCCGGAUCGUCGACGGUGACGUGGGCCUGCCCCACAACUCCUUCCGCACGGACCUGCCGCACGGCUGCCUCUGUGUCUACUCGAGCCAGCAGAGCCUCGAGUACAUCCGUGAGAGCCUUGAAAAAACCCUGCUGGCCAACCUGGAACAGGACGACCGGCUGCCCUUCCACGGGCUGCCCCUGGUGAUCGUGUACGCGGGCCCCGCCGACCCGUCCUUGCGCCAGGAGGGCAUCAACCGUGCCAAGAGCCUGCAGUGCCCCUUUGUGGACGUCGGGGGUUUGGACCCCGUCCGGCUGGAGCAGGCGCUGGCCGCCCUGGUGGAGAGCAUCCAGCGGCGGGCGGGCCGCCUGCACAUCUACCAGUCACUGCCCCCACCAUCCGAGGGGGGCGCUUCCCGACCCGACCUGCGACUCCUGCUGUGCAUGCUGUGUGGGGACCCUUACGCCCCGGAGCAUGUUUUGGCCCCCCUCCUGGCGCACCCGGGGUCUGUGGCCACAGGUCCCCACUGCCUCAGCCUGGAGACCUUCCUGGGCAGCAGCAAGCGCUCCGUCCAGGUGCGGCUGGCGUCGUACCAUGAGGCGUCGGCCUACCGCGACCACUUGCUGCACGGCUUUGUGCUGGUCUACUCGGCCCAGCGGCGGGCUUCCCUGGCCACCCUGAGCGCCUUCGCCAAGGGGCUGGCGGGCAUGCCCAUGCAGAUCGUGGCCGUCACUGAGGCGGCCAGCGCAGCCUCGGCCUUCUUCUCGAGCGAGCUGGCCCAGCAGCUGAUGCGCGACGGCAACGCCCUGGCUGACCAGUUGCAGGCCCACUUUGCCACCUCGUCUACGGCUGCCCCCCACAAGGGGGCCUUCUACCAGGCCUUCUUCAAGGAGGCCUGGGAGCGCAAGCCGCAGGUGGAGCGCGCCUUCUACCGCGACGAAGACGAUGAGGACGAGGACGACGAUGAGGAGUCCCCCGAGGGCGGGGCGCCACCAGUGCCCAGCCGCCAGGAGUCGUACCACCUCACUGGCGGGGGAGGACAGCACGACGGGCUGUCGGGUGAGGGCCUGUACGAGCAGCUGCCGUCGGAAGGGGGCUCCUCGUCGUCCCCCCCUGGCCGGGGGGGUGCGUCCCUGAGCAGUGACAACGAGGCGCCACCCGAGAACGGCACCGACCACCUGGUGCGGCCCUCCCAACUGCGCAAGCGCAGGAGCCUACAAGCCGAGCUGUACCGGCAGCAGCCGUACCCGAGUUCAGAUUCCCUGGAGAGCCGAGUACCACCGGCUCCGCCCACCCUGGUCACCUUUGGCGGAGGAGGAGGGGGACCCUCCCCUUUAUCCGCACCCCCUCCGCCGCCCCUGGCCGAGGCAGCGCCACGCUGUGCUCCGCCUCCGCGGCUCUGCACCACGGGUCGACGGUCGCAGUCGCGGGAUGCGCCCCCUCCGCCCAGCUUUCCAACAGCUGGCCUGCGCAAGUCCAGCAGCCUCAAGGCAUCGUACGGACUGGGAGUGGGUCGCGCGGCUCCCGUCGUUCCACCCGUGGCGCCAGUGCCCACCGAGGAGCAGGACGCCACGCACUCGGACAGCAUCACCGACGACGACGACACCAUCUCCUCGUCGGGUCUCAGCGGUGAGUGUUUGUGCAAGCGUCGGGCAGAACUGUGCCCCCUAUGCGUCAGGCUUUGCGUGUGGGACUGUUGGUCCUAAACCAGCGAGAGGGUCACAACAG